AUGGGUAGACGUAAGAUAGAAAUUCAACCAAUUCAUGAAGAGCGUAAUCGUACGGUUACAUUUAUCAAGAGAAAAGCAGGUCUUUUCAAAAAGGCUCACGAACUAGCAGUUCUUUGUCAAGUAGAUGUUGCCGUGAUAAUACUGGGAUCUAAUAACACUUUCUACGAGUUUUCCAGCGUAGAUGUGGAGGAAAUGCUAAGGUACUACCACAGAACAGACUUGGUUCAUGAUGUUAAGGAACCGAAAGAUUUUGGCCAUUAUGCAAAAAAACAAAAAAUUAAUCUUUCGGACAGGAAGAAAAAGAGAAUUAGAGAUGAUGACGUGGGAGGUCCUCACGAUCCGGACAAGAGAAUUAAAAUGGAAGUGCAAUCACGUGCACCACAGCCCUCACCGUCGGAAACGACUCCAUCGCCAGCGUUUAACAAUCCUUUACAACAGCACGUACAACGACAAUUUCAAUCGUUAUACACUGCGCAGACAAAUCCGGAGAAGGAAGAACCACCGCAGAGACCCGUAUUGCGCGUACAGAUUCCGAACAACAACACCUCCUACGGCAAUGUAAUAAGAAGCGAAUCUUCUACGCCUACUUCUCAACACAAUGGUACUAGCGCAAACCCUGCCCUUGUAAGCCGCACGACGAGUUCUGUACGAUAUGAGGGAAGCCCUCCGGGAGAACAAGCGACUGUGGUAUCCUCCUCUUCCUCAUCGCAACCACAACCGCCACAUCAACAGCAAGAAUCACAAAAUCCUCAACAGCCGUCUCAGCCACAACCAGCACAUAGAUCCCUGCUGCAGCAGCAACAACAGCAUGAGAAUAAGGGAAGAUUGUUUAGCGGCUACGAGUUGCCGCCGGUUUUUACCGGUUCACCCGCAUUUCCGCCCUAUCUGGCCACACCUUUACAGGGAAUACCUAGUGGGGAUGCAGGCGGAACCAUGGGAGGCAAUGGCAGUGUUCAGGCCGGAAGGUUAAGACCCGCGAUGAUGUCAGCGGCAGGUAAUGGAGGCACUGUUACACCAGCGGGCACAGUACCGCCAAUACCAGGUGGAACAGUUUCUAAUACAGGUGCUGGAACUACUUUUAGUAGCAGUAGUAGCAGUGGUGGUGGUGGUGGUGGUGUUGGUAAUAAUAGAAUGGGCCUGACGGCUUCCGGAGUUAAUAUUGGUGGUGGUGGGCCAACAGAGUAUGCACACGAUCUGAUGGUACCAUCGCCUGCAAUUUCAUCAAUGUUUCCGGAUUGGCGUACGAAUCCACCAAGUGCAGCAACGGGACACCUCGGUCAAUCUCAAAGUGAAGCUCCUUCUGCUAAUUAUAACGGUAGUACGGGCUUAACACCUUACAUUAUGGUUAACAAUACGCCUCUUGGGAACCGAUUUUUCAAUUUCGACAAGGCUAAUGAGCGAAGAGAUCGAUGA